AUGAUUUCCGACGACGAUCUUCACCGUCUCGCCAUCUUCCUCGGUUCCUGUGCUAUGAUGAUGAUUGUCCUCUACCACUUCCUCGAAGUCAAUGCCAAAGAUAAUGAAGUCGAUAAUACAAGUGACGUAAAGAAGUCUACCGCUGCUUCUCAGGAGUCUGUUGCCGCAAGCCCUGCGGCAGUACCUCCGGCCGCCGCAGGCGCCUCAUCAGCCAUUGGAGGAGGAAAAGACCGAAAGGACAAGCGCGGCAAUAAUGGAUACCCCGAUGGCCUUGGUUGGAGCGGUUAA